AUGGGGGCUGUUUUUUCGAGGGCGGGGAUGCUACCCAUCCUGGUGCUGCAGGCGCUGAGCGAGUACACGCGCUCGGACUCGAAGCCGCCGGUCACGGCGGUGCUUCUGGUGGCGAACGUCCUGAUUUACCUCCGGUGGCCGCCGCUGCUCGACCGCGCCCUGCCGGCCAUCGACGAAGUCUGGUUCAAUCCCUACCUCGUCGUGAAGGUGCGUCUUCUCCAUGCCCUCUUCUCCUCUGUCCUUCUCUCCCCGUGCCUCUGCGAGCCCCUCCGAUCCGGCCCCUCUUCUGUCAAUUCCUCCUAAAUCCCGCGGCCUCCCGAGCAGUGGAGACGCCCUGUUCUUCUCGCCGACGAAGAAUUUGGUGAUUCCAAUCUCUGCGACGAAAUCUCCCAGGCUCAGCCCUUCCGCCUCGUCGUCGAAUUGGGUGGGAUUCAUGAGCCCCUUCCUGAUCUUCCCUCCCCCUCGAUCCUCAUGUCUUCCCCCGCCAUCUAGAUUCUACAGCUCUUUUCCACAUUUAGAAUGCUUCCGACGCAAGAAACACACCCCACCCCACCCCCCCUCCCCGCAUAGGAUGGAGAAGAAGAGCUGCCGGUGUUCGUCGAAAACUGGCCUGGGGAAAGGAGCGCUAGGGCCCUGGUUUCUCCCCUUUUUCAGGGCAGGAGUGGCUGAGUGACUUUUACAGUAGUAGGCAGGAGUCGGGAUCAUGGUGGUCUCUUCUUCUUCUUCUUCUUUCUUCUGACGGUGGGUGGGCGGCGGCGCCGCCCUGUUCUGCCGCAGAACGGCGACCUCAAGCGCUUCUUCCUAUCGCCUCUGUACCACAUGGGGGAAUCACACCUCGUCUACAACAUGAUGUCCCUCCUGUGGAAGGGCGUCCAACUGGAGACCUCCGUGGGCAGCCUGGAAUUCGCCGCCAUGGUGGCGACGCUGCUCACCAUGUCGCAGGGGAUCACCCUCCUCCUGGCCAAGACCCUGCUCCUCUUCUUCGACCACGAGACAGCCUACUACUACGAGCACGCUGUGGGAUUCUCCGGCGUCCUCUUCGCCCUCAAGGUGGUGCUCAACUCCCAGUUCUCCGGCGACCUCUUCACCUACGUCCACGGGAUCGUUGUCCCGGCGAGGUACGCCGCCUGGGCUGAGCUCGUCCUCAUCCAGCUCUUCGUUCCCGGCGUCUCUUUCCUCGGCCACCUCGGCGGUGUUCUGGCGGGGAUCUUCUACCUCCGGCUGAGGGGCCUUCGCGGGGGAUCGGACCCCCUCUCCUCUCUCUUCGGCGGCGCUGCCGCCGUCCUCUCCUGGCCCGUUCGCUUCCUCCGCCAGAUGUUCCGCCGCCGCCCCCCUACUGGGAGGAGGGGCAACACAGUCGGCGGCGCCGGCCGCCCAGGGAGGGGUAUGUCGGGUGGCGCCUGGCGGUGCCCCACCUGCACCUACGACAACUCGGGGUGGAGCGACGUGUGCGAGAUGUGCAGCACCGAGCGCCCGGGCCAUGCAUUCGGAGCCCGCCGGGCGUCGGGCCAUCCCGCCGGGCUCCCCGUGGAGGAGCUCCGCCGCCGCCGCCUCGACAGAUUCGACAGAUAG